UCAACGUAAGAGACACAUGUUUAUUCAGUCAAAAAUAUUGAAUGUAAAUCUGAAUGUGUCUUUAAAUCACAAUAAAAAUCAAACUACAAGGUCAACUUACUAGUUUUCUUAACGUAAAUCUGAAUGUGUCCUUCAAUUGCAAUAAAGGGUCAACUUACAGUUUUGAAACUACAUGUAUUAAAGUAAAAAUUUCAUCAUGCUACAAAAACGAAAAUUGAAUUUUUGUCAAAAAACAAAAAAACAAAAACAAAAUGCCCCUAAAAUCUAUAGACACGAGUGUAUAAAAAUCUUUAUUUAGUCUGCAACCACGUUCAAGCCUGAUCCAUUGAAGUGCGCAUCCCUGACCUGUUUCAGGCCCAGAAACACACAAGCACGAACUUGAAUGGCCGACCCGACCCGGCCCGAACUCUCUACCCGCCCUUUGCCAUCCAAAGCUUAGGCACACAACUUGGUCUUCUUCUUCCCACUCUCUCCUUCCCUUGAACAAAAUGACGACUUUGUUAUCUAUAGUAACUCUUCCUUCAACAGCAAAGCUGAGCUUGAAGCUUCUCAACAAUGGCAACAUACACGAAAACCCAAUUCCGAAAGCUCACCUUUCAGCAGGCUUUAAUUUAGACAAAAACAAACAUGGCAACAAAGUUUCAUUUAUAAAUUUUGCUGUAAACAACCAACAAAACAUAGAGACAGCCCAGAAAGUUCAUGGGAAGAUUACACGAAGAAAAGGUGGUGGAAUUGGAAACCCAUUUUUGAGUGAAGGAAGAGAUGAGGAUGAGAGAAAUGGGCCAUUUUGCCCUGGCUGUGGGGUCUUUAUGCAAGAUAAGGACCCAAACCUUCCUGGGUAUUAUCAGAAAAGGAAGCUUACUGUAUCAGAAUUGUCAGAUGGCGAGGAGGGUGUUGAGGAUGAAUUUGAAGAGUUUGAUGAAGAAGAAGAAGAAGAAGAAGAAGAGGAAUUUUUUGAUGGAAUUGAGGGUAAGUAUGAAGAAAGUGAUGAAGAAGAAAGUGAAUUGGAAAUGGGGGAUGAAUUUGACUGGGAUUCAGAUGACUUGGAAGGUAAGUUGUUGGGGAAGGAAGAAAAUGAUUUGGAUUUGGAUGGUUUUUCUCCGGCAGGGGUUGGGUACGGUAACAUUAAUGAGGAAACUAUAGAGAAAAUGAAGAAGAAGAAGAUUCCUAAAGCAGAAAAGAAGAGAAUGGCUAGAGAGGCUCAGAAAGAGAAAGAAGAGGUUACAGUGUGUGCGCGAUGUCAUUCGUUAAGAAAUUAUGGGCAGGUGAAGAACCAAGCAGCUGAAAAUUUAAUGCCUGAUUUUGAUUUUGAUAGGUUGAUUGCUACCCGGUUAAUUAAACCUGCUGCAAGUGCCAAUCCUGUCGUGGUUAUGGUUGUUGAUUGUGUUGAUUUUGAUGGGUCAUUCCCUAAACGGGCUGCAAAGUCAUUGUUUGCAGCAUUAAGAGGAACUGAAAAUGAUCCUAGGCUUAAAAAAAGACUGCCAAAGCUUGUCCUUGUGGCCACAAAGGUUGAUCUCCUCCCAUCACAAGUAUCACCUGCUAGAUUGGAUAAAUGGGUCCGCCAUCGUGCUAAGGCUGGAGGGGGACCUAAGCUAAGUGGGGUUUAUAUGGUUAGUUCUCAUAAGGAUUUGGGUGUCAGGAAUUUGUUGUCCUUCCUCAAAGAAUUGGCUGGUCCUCGAGGGAAUGUAUGGGUUAUUGGGGCUCAAAAUGCAGGCAAGUCUACUCUAAUAAAUGCAUUUGCAAAGAAAGAAGGUGCAAAGGUUACAAAGCUCACUGAAGCACCAGUUCCUGGGACAACACUGGGGAUCCUGAGAGUUGGAGGGAUUUUGUCGGCUAAGGCAAAGUUGUUUGACACUCCAGGACUUCUACAUCCCUAUUUGGUGUCCAUGAGAUUGAAUAGGGAUGAACAGAAAAUGGUUGAAAUACGGAAGGAGCUUCGUCCUCGGACUUAUAGGAUAAAGCCUCCAAUUGGUGCCGACCGUGCUUUUGAGAUGGGCACAUGGGAAGAGAGGGAAAUCAAAGUGUCCGGAGCAAGUUGGGAUGUAAACAGCGUUGAUAUUGCGAUAGCUGGUUUAGGUUGGUUUUCUAUAGGUCUCAAAGGGGAAGCAACCUUGGCAUUGUGGGCAUAUGAUGGCAUUGAAAUCACUUUGAGAGAACCACUAGUUCUUGAUCGAGCACGAUCUCUUGAGAGACCUGGGUUUUGGCUACCGAAAGCAAUAUCCGAGGCCAUUGGAAACCAAAGCAAACUUGAAGCUCAAAGGAAAAAGCUCGAAAUGGAGAGUACAGAUUUCCUUUCAGAGGCGUCCAUUUGAAGAGAAGAUAAGCAUGCUUGCUCUGCAUCAUUUGCCGCUGGAAACAUGGUCAAUCUUGUAGCUCUGAGAAGCGAGUCGCAGUUUAAAGGAACAGUUCCUCUAGUUUAAUCGAAGGAAAAAUGAUUGUAUGCUGACAUUGUUUUGAGUAAACCUUAGCGUUAAGUAUGUUGGUGGGAUUAUAUAAAUCAUGAAUACUGUUUCCUGGUUUAGGAUUUUAUUUUUUUAUUUUUUUAUUUUUUUAUUUUUUGCGAAAAAAGAACUCAUUGAUAACAAUUAAGAGGAUACAACCAUGUCAUCGUUUACAAUUGAUUCCAGCCAGAAAGGAACCUCUUCAAUCCAA